AUGCGUUUAUCAUUUAUAUUGUAUAUCGGUUGCGUGCUUUGUGUAAGUGUCUGCAAUGGCUACAAAUAUUUGAUGGUGCUUAACUCUGCGGGUCGCUCGCAUUUCAUUUUUGGGAAUGCUUUGGCCAAGGGCUUAGUAGAAGCCGGUCACGAGGUUACGGUGUUGUCGGCCCAUUCGAAGAAGCUCCCCAUGAAGGGUUAUCAUCCGAUUGCCACACCCAAUAUUAUAAAUGUGAUGAGUGGGGAUAUUGCAGCAUUGUGGCAAUCCGUACAAAAACCACUUGUGGAGAAUCUGAUCGAUCAUUAUAAAAUGGGCUUUCGGAUAACACGAGCGCUACUGGAGGAUGAGAACCUACAGACACUUCUGCAUGGCAAUAGCACAUUUGAUGCGGUUAUAUGUGAAACAUUCUACAAUGAUGCCCAGUACGGGCUGGCCGAGCAUUUUAACGCGCCACUAAUAGGGCUGAGUACCGGAGCCGGACUGACCUUUAUUACUGAUAUGGUUGGCUCCCCGGCGCCCCCUUCCUAUGUGCCGCACAUUAUGCUGCCCUUUAACGACCAUAUGUCCCUGUAUGAGCGCCUAGUUAAUGUGGCCUUUUUGGCUUACGAGCGGUUAUUAUUGGACUACUACUAUUUGCCUAGGCAGGCGCUGCUCUACAAGGAAUUUUUUCCACACAAUAAACAUAGUUUCUUUGAUAUGCGACGAAAUGCCUCGUUGGUGCUAAUCAAUCAGCAUGUGUCACUGAGCUUUCCCCGCCCCUACUCGCCUAAUAUGAUUGAAGUCGGCGGCCUACACAUUGAUGGGAAGGUGAAUCCACUGCCCGUGCACAUAGAAAAGUUUCUAAAUGAGUCAGAGCAUGGCGCCAUAUACUUUUCAAUGGGUUCGAAUCUUAAGAGCAAGGAUUUACCGGAAGAAAAACAAAAAAUCAUCUUGGAAGCAUUUCGCAGCUUGAAGCUUCGCGUGCUGUGGAAGUUUGAACGCACAGAUUUGGCCGGAAAGCCAGACAAUGUGCUAAUUUCCGAUUGGUUUCCACAAACAGAUAUAUUGGCGCAUCCUAAAAUCUUGGCGUUUGUUACCCAUGGCGGACAGUUAAGUACCACGGAAUCGGUGUACUUUGGCAAGCCCGUCAUUGGAAUCCCCAUUUUUAGUGAUCAGUUCUUCAACAUGGCACGUGCUGAACAGAGUGGCUACGGCAUUAUGUUAAAUUUUAAAUCUCUUACUGCAGCCGAUUUUACGAAGGCUAUACAACGCAUAACUACCGAACCAAGCUAUACACGACAAGUGCGUGCCAUGUCAGCCAAUUACAGGGAUCAGCAACAGACGCCGCUGGCAAAUGCUAUUUAUUGGGUAGAGCAUGUGACGCGUCAAAAUGGCGCUGGAUAUUUGAAGAGCGCGGCGCAGCGUUUACGUUGGUUCCAGUAUCACAAUGUGGAUGUGCUCCUUAUCAUCUUAUCAAUAUUAUUAUUUGUUCUCAUAGGAAUACCUUUGUCCCUCGUGUGGUUGCCUAUCAACAUUAAUGCUGGCGAAUGUCGACCCGGCAUCAGCCACGGCCAUGAUAAUGACGAUAACGAGGCAACGCCGCCAUUGCACGUAUGCGAGGAGCCGCAACAACAAUGA